CUGAUGAUCUUACAGCAUUGAAGCAGCAGGGAAUGAAGAUGGUGGUGAAUACUAAGGUUUCCGUGAAUCAGCAGUGCCCCAGAAAGUGUUUCCCUUCUUGAAACUCCAGGGAAGUAUUGGAACGCAAAGAACUUGAAGAGGGAGCUUAGCCAAAAAGAGAUUUUUGAACUUUGGUAGGCUGGCUGAAGCAGACUUUUAACACAAACACAAAUCAAAGUCUGUGUGUUCUUAAAAGGAGCAUUUUCACAUCUAAGAAAUAUAAAGAUUUAACUCAUAAAAACGUUGGAAUACUCAGAAGAGCAACAUGGGAGAAACUGAGAAAAUUGAAACCCAUAGAAUAAGAUGUCUUUCCAAGUUGAAGAUGUUUCUGUUGGCAAUAACAUGUGCAUUUGUAUCCAAAACACUCUCUGGAUCUUAUAUGAAUUCCAUGCUCACACAAAUAGAGAGACAAUUCAACAUCCCGACAUCACUAGUUGGAUUUAUUAAUGGUAGCUUUGAGAUUGGAAAUCUUUUCUUGAUUAUAUUUGUGAGUUAUUUUGGAACUAAAUUUCACAGACCUAUAAUGAUUGGUGUCGGAUGUGCGGUUAUGGGCCUAGGGUGUUUCUUACAGUCUCUACCUCAUUUCCUCAUGGACCGAUAUGAAUAUGAAUCUACAGUUUUAGGCAAUUUGUCCUCAAAUAGUUUCUUGUGUGUUGAAAAUGGAACCCAGAUUUUCAAACCAACAGAAGAUCCAUCAGAAUGUGUGAAGGAAGUUAAAUCAUUAAUGUGGGUGUAUGUACUAGUAGGAAAUAUGAUACGUGGAAUUGGUGAAACUCCCAUCAUGCCUUUGGGUAUUUCCUACAUAGAAGAUUUUGCCAAACCUGAAAACUCGCCUCUAUAUAUUGGGUUUGUAGAAACAGGAGCUAUCAUUGGUCCUCUGUUUGGACUUUUGUUAGCAUCAUUCUGUGCAAAUGUUUAUGUUGACACCGGAUCUGUAAGCACAGAUGAUCUGACCAUCACUCCCAAUGAUACUCGCUGGGUUGGUGCAUGGUGGUUUGGCAUCUUGAUUUGUGCAGGAGUGAAUGUGCUCACUGCCAUUCCUUUUUUCUUUUUGCCCAAAACUCUUGCAAAGGAAGACGCAAAGGAUAAUACUGACAUCAUUCAAAAUGACAAAGAAGAGAAACAAAAAGUAAAGGUCAAGAAGGAAAAUGAUGGGAUUACUAAAGAUUUUUUACCAUUCAUGAAAAGUCUUUUUUGCAACCCAAUUUACAUGAUUUUUAUACUAAUAAGUGUGAUUCAGUUUAAUGCAUUUGUUAAUAUGAUGUUUUUCAUGCCUAAAUAUCUGGAACAGCAAUAUGGAAAAUCAACUUCGGAUGCAAUCUUUCUAAUUGGUAUUUACAACUUACCUCCAAUAUGCAUUGGAUAUAUAUUUGGUGGUUUAAUUAUGAAAAAGUUCAAGAUUACUGUCAAACAAGCUGCCCAUGUAGCAUUUUGGUUAUCUUUCGUUGACUUUCUUCUUUACUUUUCAUGUUUUUUCAUGAUCUGUGAUAAUUCUUCAGUUGCUGGCAUAACCAUGUCUUACGAAGGAAUACAACAAGAUUUACAUGUUGGAAAUUCCAUCCUUGCUGACUGCAACAUGGAUUGCAACUGCCCAACCAAAAUAUGGGACCCCGUGUGUGGAAGCAAUGGUUUGUCAUAUAUGUCAGCCUGUCUUGCUGGAUGUGAGACAGUCAUUGGAACUGGACUAAACAUGAUGUUCCAAAACUGUGCCUGCAUUCAAACCUUAGGAAAUUCAUCUGCAGUUCUUGGGCUGUGUGGCAAAGGGCAUGAUUGUUCCAUGAUGCUCCAGUACUUUUUGAUCUUGUCGUCGAUCAGCAGUUUCAUUUAUUCUUUAUCUGCCAUACCUGGAUAUAUGGUUCUGCUGAGGUGUGUCAAGCCUGAAGAGAAGUCUCUCGGUGUGGGAUUACAUGCAUUUUCCACAAGAGUAUUUGCUGGAAUCCCUGCACCUAUAUAUUUUGGGGCAUUAAUGGACUCCACAUGUUUACACUGGGCAACUUUUAAAUGUGGUGAGUCAGGAGCAUGCAGGAUAUAUGAUUCCACCAACUUCAGAUAUCUCUACCUUGGAUUGCCAGCAGCGCUAAGAGGAUUAAGCGUUAUUCCAGCCAUUUGGAUCCUAAUUAUUUUGAGGAAGCGUCAUCUACCUGGUGAAAAUGCUGCUUCAGGAACUGUGCCUGUAGAGGCAAAAGUUACAGGGAAGGAAAAUGAGUACCAAGAAAUGGACCAAAUUUCCAAAGUUUUAAAUAAUGAUGUGUUGAAAACUAAACUGUAAUACCCUAUUAUAUCAUGUUUCUCAGAGUUGGAGAACACAUUUCAUUGUAUUUAAAAUCAAUAGAGUUACUUCAGAUAACAUUUUCUUAUCUUUAAGAACCUAGAAAAAGGUGGUUUUG